AUGGCCAUGAUGGUCAUGAUGGUCACCAUGAGCCUGGUCACUACAAUCAUGGUCGUUAUGGUCACCAUUAUCAUGAUUACCAUGAUCAAGGUCAUGUUGCUCAAGAUGAUCAUGAUGGUCAUGAUGGAUCAUGAUCAUAAUGGUCAGCACAAUCAUGGUCACCAUGAUCUUGAUCCUGUUGGUCAUCGUGAUCAUGGUCAACAUAAUCAUGGUCAUCAUGGUCACCACAAUCUUGGUCAUAUUGGUCAUGAUGAUAAUAAUGAUCAUGGUCAUCAUGGUCACCACAAUCAUGGUCAUGACGAUCAGGGUCAUGAUGAUCAACAGGAUCAUGAUCAGAAUCGUCAGCACGAUCAUGGUCACCAUGAUCAUGAUCCUGUUGAUCAUCGUGAUCAUGGUUAG